CGGUUUUAAGGUGCAGUGUGGGAAACAGAGAAAUCGAGAUCAGGUGAAAGCAAUUGAUCUGACCUCAGAAGUCCGAACUGAAAUACGUCUUUGGUGGGAUACGAUCGAACCAACUGGACUCUUCUAUUUGGUGAUGGGUAUAUAUAAGCUGUUUCGCUGCUUCCCACCCUGACGGAAUCAGAAGUACUUUGAAUCCCACAAGCGCAGAGCAACACCCAGGUCCCCUGCCUGCCUACCUCAGGUAGUAUACGGCUUUUCAGUCCAGUUUACUUACCAUCUUCAGCAUCAUCUUACCUUCCAUCAACCUCAAACAGCCCACCCCAAGCUCCCAACAUGACGAACAAAACCAGCAAUCGCUCGGGACUCCUCCUCACUGGCCUCUUCCUCCUCCUCUCCCGCUCAGUGGCCGCCUCCCCCGUUCCUGCUUCAUCGGCAUCCGGUCCCGUCGUCUCAAUCCAGCAGUCCCCCAACUCCAACUCAAAUCACGCCAUGACCGCCUCCUCCUUUUCCACCAACGACAACCUCCCCGCAGGCUGUACCAACACCUCUCUCCACGGAUUCCAAUGGACCGUGUCCGACUUUCACUACUCCUCCUCUCUGACCUACACCACGCCCUCGCACCGCAUCAACGGCGCCACGGUCCGGUUUAAUCUGACUAGUAACGCGUUGCCGGAGCUGAAUGUGUUCUGCGAUGCUUAUAGCAGUGAUUUCUCGGAUCCGUUUUAUGGGCAGAGGGUAUAUGAUUGUACGACUGUGGUGAACUCGACUUUGGGUGCAAGUGUGGGGGGAAAGGGGGAAAGAGUGUUGGCUGAGGGAGGACAGUCCCGGACGCAGUUUCGGUAUUGGAAGAGUAGUCAGAGUGUGGAGGUGAGGCAGACUUGGGAGUGUGAUGAUUUAGAGGGGCCGGCGGCGAACAUGGCCAUAUUCUCGGCCAACGGCACUUCUGCCGCGCAGACGCCCAACUGCACCUUCGAAGAGCACCAGACGCCUCCCGCCGAGUGGAAGAAUGGCGAUACGUACUACUGGAACGUCCAGGCUUGCACUCUGUCCGAGUUCUCGUUUGCGCCGUCGGAGCUUCAGGUGUUUGCGUAAGGAUAGGACGCCGCCGCCGAUACGGGGAUAACAUGUUGCGAACGAGGGGUGUGUGGACGAAUAAGGAUAAAGAAGGAGGAGGAUGGUAACGGCCUUUCAAUCACGGCAACGGCGUUAAUGACGAGACGGGACGGAUGACGGAUACGGAUGACGGAUACGGAUGCGGAUCUGGAAGCGGGAACGGGCAGUUGCAGACUGCUGAGUAGUGACGGGUGGCUGAUAAUGAGUCUGUUCGACUAAUGGGUGGUUGACAGACGUUUGGGGGUCAAAACCUGGGGAUAUCUGCUGAAAGCUCGAUGAUUCAAUUAAUGGUAACACGAAAACUUG